UUUAGAUGGGAGCAUGAAAUUGAAAUAGACAAUAAACAAGUUCUGUUCGGGAAAAAAAUUUUCAAGCUUGUAUCCGUCAGAGAACAUAUUGAACUCAAGAAUGAUCAUUAUUCACUGGAUGUAUUAUUCUUACAUAACAAAUUAGUUGAGGUUUCAGCAUACCUUAUUGUGUGAGAUAGCCUGUUAUGGGACUUUCAUAUGGACGACAAAAUAAAUAUUAUUGCACCAACUAUUACUAAUUCAGGCAUUGGUAGCUAAUAUCUCCAGAAGGCUGAGAGGGCAGACUGACGAGCCCUUGCAUUCUCUGGGAACGGUCUAAUGUGCUGAUUCCAUGCCUUUCUUACAUCAUGGAUGGUUCCGCAAAGGUCGACAAAAUGUUGUCAUUGCAGGUUUUUUACUGCAAAGUUUACAAGGAGUAGGUGCUUCUCAUAACUAAAUGUAGCAAUGCCAUGGUUCGUAUAUUAAGAGUCAGUUCAGGCAAUUGCUGUCUUUAGAUAAACAUCUAUAUAUAUCGUAGGUAUUGACUUGUGCACAAAAAAUAAACCUGUGAAAUUGUUUAGCACAGUCAAUACAUCGCAAAUUUAAAAAUCAAUGACAGUUUCAAAACAAACACCGGCCCCCAAAGAAAAUUCAGGAGAACAAGAAAAAGAACCACUGAUGUAAGCCCAAAUAGUGCAUUGAGUGAUUUAUGCUCUGCCUUAUUUUUAUUUAAAUUAAGCAAAUGAAUUUAUUUCCAGAUUAAGUUUGUGAGUUGUUCAGGUGCAUAGCCAAUGGACUUUUCUUUUUGAUUAGGGCAACAACCCAUUAAUGGUCCAAAGGCUGGCAUUGCGCCAAGAUAAAAGAUAUAAUGGUUUUUGCAGUUAAAAAAUAAUUGUAGUACUAAAUUAAAUCCAUCUCUUUGAUUGAAGGAUUUGCUCAUGAAUUUAACUAGAAAAUAAAAUAAAAAUUUAUACGUAAAUACAAAUUUAUUAAUAUGAUAAAAGUUUUUGAAUUAUAAUCUCAAUUCUCAAUGAUAUAAAAAAAAAAUAAAUAUUAACAUAAUAUAAGUUUUUUAGAGAUAAUUAACAUGUAUUUUUUAAUUGGCCUCAAAAAUAAUUUCUGCAUCCUUGCCAACAUCCCUGGUUUUAUUGUUGAGAUGACAUAUUUUGUAACCAUGCAUGCAUGGCCUGUCAAUUGCUCUGCUGGCUUUGCUAUCAUCCACUCUACCACAUCAGCAUAAAGAACCGCAAGGAUCAAAAGAAAUGCCAAAAAGAUUGUAUUAACUAAUCCAGAUGAUCACAUGAGCAGUUGGAUUGUGGGCAAUCACUGAUUAGUAUCUUUUAUUUCACCAAUAGUGCAACACUUGAAUCCAUGGCCGUUUUACAAAGUCCUUCUCUUUAUGAAAUAAUAAAGAGAGAGAGAGAGAGAGAGAGAGAGAGAGAGAGAGAUCAGAUUCAUUGAAGAUAUUUCUUAGUGAAGUCUGUAUGUCACAAAACGCAAUCUGCAAUAAUUAGUUGGCUUAUGUAAAUAGAUUCUUUUGUUUAUCUUGGCAUCAGAAAGCUAAAAAUGCCAACUCAAAAGCAUCAAUCCCACUCCGCCAUAGUUGUCUCCAAUCAGAAGCUAUAAUAUUUUCUUGAUUUUGGUCCUUCAGAAACUUUUAAAAGAGGAGGUGGUUAACAGUGUUUAAAUUCCUGAUCUCUAACACUACGAGACAGACAAUGUAUUAUUAAACUAUUAGCCUGGUAUGGAGGCUUAAUCUCUGUUUCACAACUUUUUUAAAGCAACCAAAGCUUUCCAUCUUCUCAUUUUUCUUAUCUUUAAUUGUCAAUAACGAGUUUGUGUCUGUGGCUUUUUUUUUUGUUUAGAACAAAUGGGUCAGAUUGAGACCUCGCAGCUAUGUAAACAACUACAGUACCAUUGAGCUUGCCUUUAUUGUUGUUGUUGAUGUGCCUUAGAUGACUCAUACAUAAAAGGUAACAUUUACUUGCCAUAAUUAAUUUUUUCUUUUGGCCCUUUAAAUACAUUCAGAGAGUUGAGAUGGCUGAUCAGGUAUAGCAGGUUUUCUCUCAAGUGGAAAAUCUUCCAAAAGCAGUGACAGGACUAGACGACUAGUUCUAUUGCUACUCAUUGAAAAUGAAGAACCCAUUUCAGAAUCAAGUUAUUGGAAUUCCAAUCAAUAAUUCAGAAUCAUACAGACUUGGAAGGCCAGCAAGAGGAUAUUUACCUGAUCCUGCUAACCAAUACCAUCUUUCAUCUUCUUCAAAUCGUUCUUCCAUAUUGAAGCAAUGUAAAGUAGAUUCAUUGUUUAAGAGAAUGAACAAAUUAGGGAAGAAAGCUGACAAUUUUGCACAAGCUGUUCGAGAGCAUGUGAGGUUGGGACCUAACAUCAGUGAAAUUGUAAAAGGGAAGUUUAGUUUAGGCGCUAAAAUUGUUCAAGUUGGUGGAGUGGAGAAAAUUUUCAAGCAGUUGUUUAGAGUUGAAGAAGAAGAGAAUUUGCUAAAGGUUUCCCAAUGCUACCUGUCAACCACAGCAGGUCCCAUAGCAGGCCUCUUGUUUAUCUCCACUUACAAGGUUGCCUUCUGCAGUGAGAGAUCAAUCAAAUUCUCUUCUCCAAGUGGGAAAUCAGUUGGAAUCCAUUACAAGGUUUUGAUCCCACUUGCAAAGGUUAAAAGAGUUGACAAAAGUGAGAACACGAAGAACCCAUCACAGAAGUACAUGUAAAUAGUUACUGCGGAUGAGUUUGAUUUCUGGUUUAUGGGUUUCUUGAAUUAUCACAAACUUUCAAAUGUCUUCAGCAGGCAGUCUCCCAGAACAUUGAUGAUUAAUUUACAAGUGACUUCCUAGUGACUUAAAACUCUGUAAUUAACGUUCCUCAAUUGCAUUAGCAUGUAAAAAUUUUGCUGAGAAGAUAAUUUUCCAACAGUUACUCAGUCCUAAUAAUUGUUCUUUUCCAUUAUCUGUCAACUUUCUAUCAAUAAGAAAAAUUAUUACUAUAUUUAUCUCAUGGUUUAAAUUCUUUGACAACUUGAAUUAUAUAUAGAUUAUUAAUUAAUAAUUGAAACGGCUAAGAAUAAAAAGUAAAAAAUAGGGAAAAAAAAAGAAUAUUUUAGAUCAUAAUUAAUUAUUAAAAUAAUUAAAAUAUUGAUGAUUAAUUAGACAAAUUUUUUCUCUUAACACUUCUGUGUAAAGAAAAGAGUGAAAAUGCUAUUUUAGAAUUUAUAGUUGCACGUCGCCGUUUUGUAGU